AUGGCACCACCCCCGGCAUCACAUCUGAGAGCUCACAGCUCGCCGAAACCGAUGCUAUGGCCGCUCCUGGUGCUCCUGUGCGUGCUGCAGUGCGCUGGCGGCGCGCUUGCAAUGACGGCGUCCCAGAAGAUGGCGCUGCGUGAGGAGGCCCGCGCUAUGUUUAGACAUGGGUGGGAGAACUAUAUGCAGCGGGCUUUCCCGGAGGACGAAAUCAAGCCGAUAACGUGCACGCCCCACCACCGCGACCGCGAGGACCCAAAGAACAUUGGCCGCAACGACGCAAUGGGCGACUUCUCGCUGACGGCCGUCGACACGCUGAGCAGUCUUGCGGUGAUGGCGGCGAGCAAUGCCGAGGACGCGGAGCGCUUCUGGAGGACCACGGAGGAGAUUGUGAGGAUUUAUUGGUAUAAUGAGCCAAAGGAGUGUGAUGCGGGCGCCGGCGAGGACUGCGACGAGAAGACGAGCUCGUGGGGCCGCUUCCAGAACCGCAGUCGGGAGUCAAGGGGGUUUGAUAUCGAUGCGAAGGUCCAGAUAUUCGAGACCACGAUUCGGACGCUCGGGGGUCUACUCUCAGCCCACCAGUUCGCCGUGCGCUCGCUGCCAUCACUUCCGGAGAGUGUCCGCCCGCGCCGAAGAUACAACAACGAGCUGCUGUCGCUCGCGGAAGACUUGGGGUCCCGGCUGCUGCCCGCACUGACAGAGUCCCCGACGGGGCUGCCAUACCCGCGCAUCAACCUGCGCUACGGCCUGGCAAACAAGUCAAAGAACCCAAAGUACUACAAGUACCCGCGGCGCGCGCCGCACCCGCACCCCAUGCCCUGGUCGCCGCAGGGCGAGCACGAGAGCGAGAAGAACUGGAAGGUGCCCAAGAGCGCCACGCGCGAGAGCCCCUCGGAGGAGAUCACAGAGACGUGUACGGCGGGCGCCGGCUCGCUCGUGCUCGAGUUCACAGCGCUCUCGCGCCUCACCGGCGACCCGAAGUACGAGAAGGCGGCCAAGCGCGCGUUUGAGGCCGUGUGGGAGCGGCGCAGUGUGCUGGGCUUGUUUGGCGGAGGGGUCGACGCGGAGACAGGGCUGUGGAAUAGCCCUAUUGCGGGUAUUGGCGCGGGGAUGGAUAGUUUCUUUGAGUAUGCGCAGAAGGCGUUUGUACUCUUUGCACGCGGAGGAGAGAAGGGAGAGGAUGCGUGGUUCUGGAACGUGUGGGAGGAGAGUAGUGCCGCGGUGGCGGCACAUAUGAAGAUGGAUACGCCGGCGGACUGGUGGGGAAUGUGCAUCUGGCUACGGGCGCGAACAUCAUGGGUGGAGGAGGCGGUGAAGAGUAAUCUCUUCUACACGGCGCUAUGGAGCAGGUUCUCGGCGCUGCCGGAGAGGUGGAAUGUCAGGACUGGCACGGUGGAGGGCGGGCUUGGGUGGUAUCCGGGGAGGCCGGAGUUUAUCGAGAGCACGUAUUUGCUGUAUCGCGCGACGAAGGAUCCGUGGUAUCUGCAUGUGGGGGAGAUGAUCAUGAGGGAUCUGAAGAGACGGUGCUGGAGUAAGUGUGGGUGGGCGGGGCUGCAGGAUGUUAGGACGGGCGAGAAGCAGGACCGCAUGGAGAGCUUUUGGCUGGGCGAGACUUGGAGUUAUCUGUUUUUGCUGUUUGAUGAAGAUCACCCGCUGCAUAAAGGCGAUGAUCCGUGGGUGUUUACCACCGAGGGCCAUCCGCUCAUCUUUCCAAAGUCGUCUGCGCCGCCUACUAAUAAACCGGCGGUGUAUAAACCUUUGCCGUCAUCGCUAUCAUUGACAUGCGAGAACCCCCGGCGUGGUGAUAUCUCAUUCUUUUCGCCCACUGCGUCUCGUCCGGACACAUUCCAUGCUGCGCAGUUUACCCGUCUGCACUUGUUGCCCAAAACCCCGCCGCUUGGCCUGUCUCCUUUGCAGCCGUCGGAUCUUGAUAUACAUGCUGAGAACUCCUACUUUUGGUCACCCACGAACUCAACCUUUUACCCAUGGACUCUCCCGCCGCACCUAAUCCACCCGGACUCCGUCUGCGCACCCCUCCCAGGCCGCGAGUCCUUCGAGCUCAUUUUCCCCUCUGCCUCCUCCUCCGCCACCUCCGGCGACGGCACCGCCGGCAUCGUAAAGCGCGUCGUCAACGGCGUCAUGGUCACCGGCAGCAUCCGCGGCAUCCGCAUGGGCCUUCUCAAAGAGCCCGAUGACACCCUGCGCGUCACCAGUGUCGGCGGCACGUCCCUCGGCCGCGGCGAAGCGGUAUACCUCGAGCCCGGCCUCGUCGACAAGGGGACCAAGAACGACGCAAACUUCCAGGUUGCUGCGGACGACGAGUUUGUGGACCUGAUCAUUGAGGUGGAUGAUGAUGCUGAGGCGCCGGUGGAGGCGGAGGCGGGGGAGAUGGAGGGGCAUGGGUAUGGGUAUGGGUAUGGCGGGUAUGAGUUCCCGGAGCUGGAUAGUAGGAAUGCACCGCUGGUGGAUAAGGGUACGCUUGGGGAGCUGCUGGCGAAGCUGGGGCUAGAUCUACAGAUUAGUGAUCUGCUAGCCCUGGUGGGCGGAGAGUCGACGGCCGCGAUGGAGGAGCGCCAGAAGAAGACGCAUGUCAUUGACCCCAUUGCCGCAGCGUCAAAUAUCCCGAAGCCGCCCAAAAAGAAGCACAAGACCAUCCCCGCCGUCAUGGCGACUGGCCUGAGUGCCUACACACCGCCGGAUAAGCCCUUUGCGCCAGCAUCAUCACCGGUUUCUUCAGGCUCAGCGAACCCGCGACAGCUGGCAUUCACGAAUAUCUACUUCUCGCCCGGGACGGGGUGUGUGCCUGACCCGCUGCUGCCGGCGAAUGCGCAGAUUGUGUUUGUACGGCGGGGCGGGUGCACGUUCUCGCAGAAGGUGCGUAAUGUGCCGGAUGUGCGGGCGGUGAAGCUGUUGGUUAUUGUGGAUGCGGAUGCGGAUGUGGGGCAGGGGGGGAGGAAGAGCUGA